AUGAGCGAAGCAAGCUCCAACGGCCUCAAGGGGUCCAUGUGGGCUUCCAGCAGCACCCGACCGUACACAUACUACAGACCAGAUCCGCGCCCGCGAUCCGUCCCCCUCUCGCCGUCCCCCCACGACGCCCACCGGACGAGUAGCAAUAACGGCCCGGCCCCAAACGGCUCGACGACAUUCCUCACCCCCGCGCCGGCUCCCACCAUCGCUACAGCCCCGACCAGAUCCUCGGCGGUCCUGCCCCCCAGCCUCGCCCUGCACCGGCUGGAGCAGACGUGCCUGCGGCUGCGGUGGAAGUCGAUCGACCUGGACAACGCGUGGCGGCGCGCGCAGAGCCCCGGAGAGGGCGGGUGGACGCCCGAGCACGCCGAGGGGAACUUCAAGGUGGAUUUCUACGAGUUCUACGCCUGGAUCGAGCAGGCCCUCGUGCUGCUGCAGCGCAUCUUCGGGGUGGAGAUCUCGUCCGGGCGAGGGGGUCGCUCGUGGUCGGGCACGGCGGACCAUUCGUUCCACCACAACGUGCUGGCGGCGUUGGAGGAGGAGGGGAACCCGCUGAGGGGUGUGCUGGGGUCCGGGGAGGUGCGGCACGCGCUGUGGAAGGCCAAGGAGCUGCGGAACAGGUGGAAGGACGCGGCGGCAGGGGAAAAGGAGACGCCGCCCUUGAGGAUGUACGACUUGAGUUGGAUCGUGGGGAAUAUCUUAGCGGGGCUGGAGGCGGCGUAUGGGGUCGCGGCUGGCAAGGUGACGGAGCUGGAGGAGGCUGAGAAGGGUGGCUCGGUCGAGGCGACGGCUGAGGAUCAAGGGUGGGAUUGGAUGGUGGAAGAUAGCAUGGACUGGGAGGCAUAG